UAUUCUUAGAUUCUUAACCUUCCCUGAAUUAGAGUUGGAACAUUAGGUCUAUAUAUCGUUAUAGGUACAACGCAAUAUAAUACAAAUAUUUGAAGUCGGUUCUGAAAAUUGUUUGAAGUCUACGGCAUCCAUCCUUUAAAGAAGAGCCAUUCUUUUGUGUGUAGGUGUCUGAGAUUCUGUGUUUGGGAGGAUCGAAUCGUUGCUUUGAAUGGUGGACAGUACAUUGAUGAGGCUUCCUCGAUCGGUGCUGAGCAAGGGAUCGAGUCCUGAAGGCCGUGCCCUAUCUUUAAUCACAAUCGAUUCACGCAUGUGCCCUGUAACUACACAAAUCUUGGCAUUCUUGACUUGUCGCGCUACUGCUUUUUCUACUUUCAGAUUCGUGGCUUGCAAAGAAGGCUGGUACUACCGUUGCAUUGGAGUCGAUCCUUAGGCAUUUGAUCCUUUGCGCUCUGCUUUGCUUGCUCUAUUCUGCUCUGUUUUGAUUUGAUCUUUUCAGCAAUUGAAGGAUUCCCAUGAGAGAGUCUUGGAUCUGACGAGUCGCAGGCAUCAGUAGGACCAGCAUCAUCGUCCAACUUCCCAGUGAGAUUUUCUGACCUUAAAAUGGCAAAGCAGGACAUUUCAAAGGUGAGCUCUUUGGUCUCUGCUCCAAGCCCGACAAACCCUAACGCUAAACAGGGGAGCCCUCCAAAGAGGGAUUUCAAAAAUAAAACGGGAAACCCUAAAAGAUUCUCUGUGUCGAAAUCGUUUCCAAGCGUUGCACCGGGAACCCCGUCUUCAGGCAGUCCUGCUCGUCAAAUCCCAAAGUCGCCUCUGGCUUCUAUGCUUAAGAAGAAUCAGGUAAAGGGCAAUGAGGUUGACCGUCUGCUGGUGACCAUAAAUGUAUUGGGCAGUGCUGGGCCCUUGAGAUUUUUGGUGAGGUCUGAUGAUCCAGUGCAGAAAGUAAUAGAAGGUGCCCUGAAAUCAUAUGCUCGCGAAGGCCGUUUGCCCGUUCUUGGACACAACGCCAAGCAGUUCGAACUGUAUAGUGCUAACAGCGAUCAUGGUCAAGCUUUGGAUCCAUCCCGAAUAAUUGGAGCUUUGGCAACAAGGAAUUUUCUGUUAUGUAAGAAAAAUGAAUCUAAACAUGAGCAAGAAGAGAAGAAAGAUAGCAGCUCAUCUCAUCUUCGUCAUCAUCAAAAGACCAAUUUGUGGAAGAACUGUUUGAACACCAUGAGCUUGAGCUUUGGAGUUUCUUGCAUGUGAGUGGGCAUCCAUUUAUGGAUGUUUACUAUUUGAGACUUAUCAUGUUCUCUUAAAUUAUUUGUCUUGAGAAGAUUUCAAUUGUGUUUAUAUACAUAUUUACACGGUUGCCAAUUUAAGUGUUUGAGUGUUUGUAAUCUUUGCUUCUAUUCUCCUAGCAAGGUGUGGUGGAAACGUUGUAUCCAUACGAUAUAUGUAUUAUUUCCGUGUUGCUAAUUUAAAAGUGUUUUGAGUGUGUUUAUAA